CCAUGAGAAGAGGAUGGCUGCAUCAAAGUUCCCAAACAAAAGUUUCACUUUGAGUCAAGUUCUGGAUAUGUUGGAUCUAGGUGACUGCCCAGACAAGGCAUGCAACAUUGCAGUUAUCCCUCACAAUGAGAAGGAUGCUGUCCUGAGUGAUUGUGACAGCGAUGAGUCAGAUAUGGACUAUGGACAGGCCAUUUGCCAGCCAGGCUGUUGAAUGCAUAUGCUGAACCUAUGCAAACAGACCAUGACAGGAACAACGUUAUCAGUGAUGAUGACCUACCCCUCACCACCCUCCCCCAUCCACAACCUCCUCCACUCCCCUCCAUUGUUGUUAAUGAAAAGCCAAGGGCCUCUACCCGCCAGAGGGUCCAGUCAGAAGAGCCAAGGGCCUCUAUAAGCCACGGGGGUCAGCCAGAAGAGCCAAGGGCCUCUCUAAGCCACGGGGGUCAGCCAGAAGAGCCAAGGGCCUCUAUAAGCCACGGGGGUCAGCCAGAAGAGCCAAGGGCCUCUAUAAGCCACGGGGGUCAGCCAGAAGAGCCAAGGGCCUCUAUAAGCCACGGGGGUCAGCCAGAAGAGCCAAGGGCCUCUAUAAGCCACGGGGGUCAGCCAGAAGAGCCAAGGGCCUCUAUAAGCCACGGGGGUCAGCCAGAAGAGCCAAGGGCCUCUAUAAGCCACGGGGGUCAGCCAGAAGAGCCAAGGGCCUCUAUAAGCCACGGGGGUCAGCCAGAAGAGCCAAGGGCCUCUAUAAGCCACGGGGGUCAGCCAGAAGAGCCAAGGGCCUCUAUAAGCCACGGGGGUCAGCCAGAAGAGCCAAGGGCCUCUAUAAGCCACGGGGGUCAGCCAGAAGAGCCAAGGGCCUCUAUAAGCCACGGGGGUCAGCCAGAAGAGCCAAGGGCCUCUAUAAGCCACGGGGUCAGCCAGAAGAGCCAAGGGCCUCUAUAA